UUUUUUUUUAAUAAAACAAGAGAAAUGGUAUCUGUUAUCCUUUCUGAAAAUGCAACAACGGAAACCAAGUUUAAAUAUGGACUUGAAUUAAAAAAAAACAUGAAUGCUUCUACCCCAUCUUCAGCAAGCCAACAAAAAACACUUGUUAGAAUUCAAGCUGCUGCUUUAAAUCACCGUGAUAUUUGGAUUUUAAAGGGUAUGUAUGGUGGUAUUAAAUCAGGAUCUGUUCUUGGAUCCGAUGCAGUUGGUUAUAUAGUGAAUACACAAGAACGUGUUUUAAUCAAUCCUGGUUAUGGUUGGGAAUCAGAUGAGAGAGGUCCUGAAAAUGAUUUUUAUAUCUUGGGCUUAUUACCUUUACCAGGUACAUUAACUGAGGAACCCGUCUUAUUUGAUAGUAAGGAUAUUGUACCUUGUCCUCAACAUCUUUCAACUGUUGAAGCUGCUGCUUUACCUUUAGCAGGUUUGACAGCUUAUAGAGCUUUAUUUACAAAAGGUUUAGUUAAAAAGGGAGAUUAUGUUCUCGUUACUGGCAUUGGCGGUGGUGUUGCUCUAUUUGCACUUCAAUUUGCUGUUGCUGUUGGUGCACAUGUUUACGUUACUUCAUCUAGUCCCGAGAAAAUUAAAAGGGCAAUUGAAUUAGGAGCUAAAGGAGGCAUUAAUUAUAAAGAUGAAAAUUGUAUCGCAGAGUUAAAGAAAUUAUUAGGUAAAAACCUUUUGUCUACAGUGAUUGAUGGUGCAGGUGGGCCUCUUUAUAAACAAUUUCAUAAAGUAAUGAAAGAAGGUGGUAUAAUUGUUAAUUAUGGUCAGACUGCAGAUACAAGUGGUAUCCAUUAUAUGAUGUCACUUGUUGUAAAGAAUAUCGAACUUCGUGGAUCUACUAUGGGUUCUCGAAGAGAAUUCAAGGAGAUGGUUAAAUUUGUAGAAGAAAAAAAAAUUAAGCCCAUUGUAUCAAAAGUUUGGAAUGGAUUAAAUAGCCAAUCUAUUGAUGAGGCUAUAGCUACAAUGAGUCAAGGAAAUCAGUUUGGCAAACUGGUCAUUCAUUUCCCCCAAAAUGACAGCCCAAGACUUUAAACAAGUCAAUACGUUAUGACAUUAAUUAAGUCUCUUGCUAAUUCAUUUGUAUUUAAAUUUUCCCUGUAUGUCUUCUAAAUGCUAUUAUAUGGGC